AAGACUUUAGAGGUUGUGAUCAUCGAAAGUUAAUGCAUUCUAUCUUCUCCAUAAACAGUUGGACAGAGUGAAAACAAGAAACUCUCUCUCUCUCUCUCUCUCACUCAUCUCAUUUUCUCUGAGAAGCAAAUGGAAAGGGAAGAAAAUGGGUUGAAGGGUAUGGAUGCUGACCAACUGAGAGAGGAAGCUCAUAAGAUGGUUGACUUCAUUGCCGAUUACUACAAAACCAUUCAUAAUUUCCCUGUUCUCAGCCAAGUUCAGCCAGGAUAUCUUCAGAAGCUUCUACCCGAUUCUGCACCUGAUUAUCCUGAUUCGUUGCGGCAUGUUUUGAAUGAUGUACAGGAAAAGAUACUACCAGGGGUGACACAUUGGCAAAGCCCCAAUUAUUUUGCAUAUUUUCCUUCAAACAGCAGCAUUGCUGGAUUUCUAGGAGAGAUGCUCAGUGCUGGUCUUAACAUCGUGGGUUUCAGCUGGAUAACUUCUCCUGCUGCAACUGAACUUGAAACCAUUGUUCUCGAUUGGCUCGCUAAGGCACUCCUCCUCCCUCAUCAUUUCUAUUCUACUGGGCAAGGUGGUGGAGUUAUACAGGGAACAGCAAGUGAAGCUGUGCUAGUUGUAUUAUUAGCUGCUCGUGACAAGAUCUUGAGGAAAGUGGGAAGGGGUUCCCUUCCUAAGCUUGUGACAUAUGCAUCUGAUCAAACACACACUGCUUUGCAAAAAGCUUGUCAGAUAGCAGGACUUGAUCCAGCGCUUUGCAGGUUGCUUAAAACUGAUUCUUCCACAGAUUAUGCGCUUUCUCCUGAUGUACUUUCUGAAGCAAUUUCAAAUGACAUGGCCAGCGGUCUUAUACCCUUUUUCUUAUGUGCUACUGUUGGUACCACCUCAUCAACAGCUGUUGAUCCUCUGCCUGCAUUGGGAAAAAUUGCCAAGACCAACCAACUUUGGUUUCAUGUGGAUGCUGCUUAUGCUGGAAGUGCUUGUGUAUGUUCAGAGUACCGCCACUACAUUGAUGGCAUUGAAGAAGCAGACUCAUUUAACAUGAAUGCGCAUAAAUGGUUCCUGACUAAUUUUGACUGUUCACUACUUUGGGUUAAGGACAGGAGUGCUCUGAUUCAGUCACUGUCAACAAAUCCUGAAUUUUUGAAAAACAAGGCCUCCCAAGGAAACAUGGUCAUAGAUUACAAAGAUUGGCAAAUUCCUCUUGGACGUCGCUUCAGAUCAUUAAAACUGUGGAUGGUGUUAAGACUCUAUGGAUUGGAAGGUCUCCGUAGUCACAUAAGAAACCACAUUGAAAUGGCUGCUUAUUUUGAGGAGCUUGUUGGUCAGGACGCAAGAUUCGAGGUUAUUGCGCCUCGUACAUUCUCUUUAGUAUGUUUUCGACUUUUGCCUCCUCUCAACUCAGAAGAUCAUGGCAAUAAGCUAAAUCAUGAUCUACUUGACUCGGUAAAUUCAACAGGAAAUAUUUUCAUAACUCACACGGUUCUAUCAGGUCAGUACAUUCUACGUUUUGCAGUAGGAGCACCAUUGACUGAAAGGAGGCAUGUCAGUAUGGCGUGGCAGAUUUUGCAAGAUAAAGCCACUGCUCUACUUGAGAGUUUAUAGAAUAAAUCUGUUCUCAGAAUCAACCAUUUCUUUUUGAGACAUCUGGUGUUUCCCAAGACUGCAUUAGUUUAUGAUUUUUUCCUCUACACAUGAUUCCUUCGUUUUGGCAACAAUGUCAUGUGCGUAAGCCUGUAGGAGAUUUCUUUUUUGUGAAGCAGCAAUGUUCUUUUUCUUACAAGUCAAAAUUCGAAAAUAAUUGCCAGUUGUAAACAGCCAGCGUAAACGGAGCAACAAAAUAACAAGAAAAAAUAGUUAUUUUGGUCCUAUGAAGGAUCAUAGGUUCAUCAGUUUAGUCAUUGAAAGAUAGAAGUUGGUCUUGAGGUCCCUAAAUCUUCAGUUUGUCAGUUAUUUUGGUCCUAUGUAAUGAUCAUCGCUUAACAUUAAGGGAAAUACAUUUAGGGCAUGCUAAGUGCUACGUUAGAUGCGUGUGACAUGAAAUUUGUCCUCCUUUCCAUGCCGAUAUGACAUAAUUUUGAUAUAAGAAUUUGUCAUUUUGUGUGAACCAUUGGCACCCUUUAAGUUAGUAACAAUUUUUUUUGUU